AUGAAGAUUUUUACAGCGUUAGCUCUCUUGAUGGCAGCUAUCUCGUUAACCGCCGAUGCAGCACCCACCUCGAAAUCAUCCGUAAUCAAAGUUGACAUAAAGAAAAAUAAUUUACCCGCUUAUUAUACUUGGCUCCAAAAGGCAAAGGUUGAUAAAAAUCGUGCAUUAUUGAAAUAUGCGAAAAAUAUCCAAUCAGCAUACAGCCGUGGUUUAGUUGGUCAAGAAGCUGUCGUAAAAUUAGAAGCUGCUUCCGCUCCAGUAUUUGGUGAUUCCGCACCGAAAUCUUUCAUAAUUAAUAGCUUUAAAGAAAAGACUAAUAGCACCAGCGAUACUGGAAGCGAUGAGCCAUUCAGCAAUGAUCCAUUUGGUGACGACCCAUUUGGUGACGAAAAUGGCGAUAGCAAUGGCGACAGCACUGGCGAUAACAAUAGCGACAGCACUGGCGAUAGCAAUGGCGACAGCAAUGGUGACAGCACUGGCGACAGCACUGGCGACAGUACUGGUGACAGCACUGGCGACAGCACUGGUGACAGUACUGGUGACAGCACUGGCGACAGCACUGGCGACAGCACUGGUGACAGCACUGGCGACAGCACUGGCGACAGCACUGGCGACAGCACUGGCGACAGUAGCAAGAAUGGCGGCAAGGAUGGUAAAAAUUCCACUCAAAAUGGUCAACCUGACAAUUCCGGCAAAGGGGUUGUCAACAAUCCUCUUAAAGAUCAAGGAAUGGAUAUUGGCUAUCACGGUCCGAUUCAAAUUGCUGGCCAAACGUUUAAUGUAAUUUUCGAUACUGGUUCAUCUGAUCUUUGGGUACCUGCACAACAAUGUACUGAUGCAGCUUGUAAAGCUCAUAAAACAUUCGAUCCAAAAAAAAGCAAAGGAUUCAAAAGCGAUAAUAAACCAUUUGAAAUUAAAUAUGGUACAGGUGCAGUUUCUGGAGUUAUUGCAACAGAUGACGUUUCAAUUGCUGGUGCAACAGCAAAAGGUCAAACUUUCGGACUAUCAACAAAAAUGUCUGAAGAUUUUGAAAAUGCAGAAUUCGAUGGAAUACUUGGAAUGGGUCUUGAUCAAUUAAGCUCACAAAACGCAAAAACACCUUUCACUCAGCUUGUUGAACAAAAUGCUGUCAAAGAUACAGUUUUUGGUUUCUUCCUCGGACGUCAAGCAGAUGGUAGCAACGAUCAAAGUCAAUUAACUCUUGGUGGUGUUGACUCUUCAAAAUUCACUGGCCAACUUAAGUAUAAUAAACUUGUGAGUGAUGUUGGUUUUUGGGAAAUCGCUUUAGAUGACGCUAGUGUUAACGGAAAGCCUCUUGGAUUCAGCAAAAAAACUGCCAUUAUUGAUACUGGCACGACUCUUCUCAUCGCCCCUCCUGCUGAUGCCGAUGCUAUUCACAAAGCAAUUAAAGGUGCAGUUUCUCAACAAGGUGAAUACUUUGUCCCAUGCAAAACCGACGCCAUCGUUGCUCUCAAUUUCGGUGGAGUUACCUAUAAAAUCUCACCAAAAGAUCUUGCUCGUGAAAAAACAGAUCAAAAUGAUAUGUGUCUUUCUGGUAUUGCUGGCGGUAAUAUCGGUGGAGCUGACCAAUGGUUAGUCGGCGAUACUUUCCUCAAGAACGUGUAUAGUGCUUACGAUAUUAAAAAUCUUGCCGUUGGAUUUGCACCAAUUAAAUAA